AUGAAGAUUGUUCGCAAGGACCUUGUUCCAGGCGGACCCGGCAGCGUUAAGAUGAUACCGGUCGAUUCCGAUGAUCUAUGGUAUGCUUAUAAUUUGAUUGCUCCAGGAGACAUAGUUAUGGCUGUCACUGUUAGGAAAGUUCUGAGAGAAAGUGCUUCUGGUGGAAGAGAUGCAGAGCGUGUGAAACUGAAGUUAGAGAUAAAAGUUGAGGAGGUUGCUGAUUAUGACAAAGUAGGAGCUGUCUUGCGUAUACGUGGAAAGAAUAUCCUGGAGAAUGAAUAUGUAAAGAUAGGAGCAUUUCACACUUUGGAACUUGAGCUGCAGCGACCUUUUGUGUUAAGAAAGGAUGUCUGGGAUUCAUUGGCCUUGCACGAACUCAAUCAAGCCUCUGAUCCUGCUGCAAGUGCUGAUCUAGCUGUGAUCUUAAUGCAAGAAGGAUUAGCACAUGUUCUCCUUGUUGGUAAAAGUAUGACAAUUACUCGUUCACGGAUAGAAACUUCAAUUCCUCGCAAGCAUGGACCUGCCAUUGCAGGUUAUGAGUCGGCUUUGAGUAAAUUCUUUGAGAAUGUAUUACAGGCUUUCUUGAAGUAUGUUGAUUUCAGUGUUGUCCGCUGUGCUGUGAUUGCAAGUCCAGGUUUCACAAAGGAUCAGUUUCAUCGUCACCUAUUGUUGGAGGCAGAAAGAAGACAGCUGAGAUCUAUCAUUGAAAACAAGUCGCGAAUAAUUCUUGUGCAUACAAGCUCAGGUUACAAGCAUAGUUUGAGGGAGGUUCUGGAUGCUCCAAAUGUUAUGAAUAUGAUUAAAGAUACUCAAGCAGCACAAGAGGUCCGAGUUCUCCAAGAUUUCUUCGGCAUGCUUUCAAAUGAUCCAGAUCGUGCAUGCUAUGGACCAAAGCAUGUUGAAGUUGCUCAUGAACGAAUGGCUAUCCAAACCCUUUUGAUAACAGAUGAACUCUUCAGGAAUGCGGAUGUAGUAGCAAGGCAAAAGUAUGCCAAUUUGGUGAAAUCAGUGAAGGAUUCAGGGGGCACUGUUCAUAUUUUUUCUUCUUUGCAUGUUUCAGGAGAACAACUGGCACAAAUAACUGGGAUCGCUGCAAUCCUUCGUUUCCCUCUACCAGACCUAGACGACAUAGAGAUGUAA